AUGGACUUAGCAACGCCGCUCGGGCCCCAUCCCGACUUUGUUGUGCAAGAUGGGCAUGCGUACAGCGCUGUCGAUAUUGGGCUCGAAAUGGCCUAUGUAUUUUGA